AUGGCGGGGGGCGUCGUGACCACGCUGAACCCAGUGUACACCGCCUCCGAGGCCGCCCACCAGUUCUCCGACGCGCAGGCCGUGUACCUCGUGACCGCUCCAGCGUUCCUGGAGAAGGUCGAGGAGGCGGUGAGGCUCAAGAAGAGGCCGAUGCGCAGGAUAUUUGUGACGGCCGAGGAGGCGGCGAUGCGGGGGAUGACGGGCUUGUGGAUGAGAGGCAGCAUGGGGGAGGAGGAGGCCGGCCGAGCAGAGAAGGCGCCGACGGGCUACGCCGAGUUCGGUUCUCUCGACGUCGGCGGCGAUCCAGCACCGGUAGCCAUUGAUCCAGUCAGGGACGUGUGCGUUCUCCCGUACUCCAGCGGCACAACGGGCUUGUCCAAAGGAACGAUGCUCACCCACGCGAAUAUCGUCGCCAACCUGGAGCAGCUCAGCGCGCCGGGCGUGUUCCUGGACGGCCGAGCCCCGCACGGGCCCUCCGACACGGCCAUUGCGGUGCUGCCCUUCUACCACAUCUACGGGAUGGUUGUCCUCAUGAACCUCGGUAUGUGCUUCGGGGUCCGCAUCGUUACCGUACCAGCCUUCGAGCCAGGGCUGUACCUGAAACUCUUGAGCGCCUACAACGUCACCCAUGCGUACCUGGCACCACCGCUUGCCCUGUUCCUCGCGAAAUCGCCGCUGGUGGACUCCAAGGACUUCCCCCACCUCAAGGACAUCUUCUCCGGAGCUGCACCGCUGGGCCCGGAGUUGACGGAGGAGCUGAGACAGAAGUUCCCCAAGGCCUGCGUGCGCCAGGGCUACGGCAUGACCGAGCUGUCCCCCGUGGCCACGGUGGACAGGGAGAAGGCGAAGCCAGGGUCAGUCGGGUACCUGGUGCCCAACAUGGAGGCGAAGGUGGUUGAUCCAGACACCGGAGUGGAGGCGCAGCCGGGUGCUACUGGCGAGCUGUGGUUGCGAGGGCCUAAUGUGAUGAAGGGGUACCUCGGCAACGAGAAGGCAACGAUGGAUACUAUCGAUUCCGACGGCUUUCUCCACACCGGCGACCCCGCC